AGCUCGCAGCAGCAGCGUCGUUAUUUUUCCUGCUCUGCUUCAGGAAACACUCCUUCAGCAUGUCGGUGACUGUGCGCACACAGCUGCUCCUUUUUCUCAUCUCCCUUUCAUCAAGGAUGGGGAUCAGCCGCUACAUCGAGGACAAUGAAGCUUCAGAUGGAUUAUAUUCUCUGCUCAGUUUGGCCCAGAAAAGAGAAUCGGAGGAUUUUAUUUUCCGCCGACCUCUCAGGUGCUUGGACAUGCUGGCCACUGAUGGCUACUUCACCUUCGUUGCGUCUCGGCCACAGCUGACUUGUGCUGCUUUCAUCAUCGCUGAGCCCAGUGAAGUUAUCAGUCUGGAGCUGACUGACGUCAGCAUCGACUGCGGCGCUGGAGACUUCAUAAAGAUGUUUGAUGGGUGGGUUCUGAAGGGAGAGAAGUUUCCCAGCAGUCGAGAUCACCCCCUCCCUCUCCACCAGCGCUACACAGACUACUGCUCCUCCACGGCACCAGGAGCCACCAGUCGCUCCUCUCAGAACGUUGCCAUGAUCUUCUUUCGCAUUCACAGCCCUGACAGUGGCUUCACUCUUGCUGUCAAAAAGCUACACAACCCUUUCCCCUGCAACAUCAUGUCUCAGAGCCCAGAAGGCAGCUUCACCAUGGUGAUGCCACAUCAGCGCAGGAACUGCAGCUUCUCCGUCAUCUACCCUGUGGAGAUACGACUGACAGAGCUCAGCCUGGGGCAGGCCAAAAGCAAUGAGCUCAGCCCACAGAGACAGUUGUGGUCGGGCUGCUCGGGGUCAGGUGACUAUGUGGAGCUGCUGGGAGGGAAUGGGGUCGACACCUCCAAGAUGUUCCCUGUAGCUGACCUCUGCUUCUCCCUCAGUGGGCUCGCCCAGAUGAAGAUCGGUUGUGAUAACUCGGUGGUGAGGCUGGUUUCCAGUGGAAACUACAUCAACCGUGUCUCCUUCCAGUACCGACUACUGGAACAGAACGAGCUUCCCAAGACCAGAGAGAACAAUCUGGAUAACUUCUGCUCUGUAGAAUGAGAUCACACACUGAUGUACACACACAUAACAUACACUUGUGAGGAUUCACACACAAUCACACACUCAUCCCGCUCUCUGUAAAAAUGCCACUUUAAUGAAAAUGUCCUGUUGAACUAAUGCCGUCAGUAAGUAUUUUGUAUUGUGUUUGCCAAAUAUUUUAUUACAUGACCUAACCAUGUUAGCUUUGAUCUUAGUGCAUUUAUUUAAAAAAAUAUAUAUUUUUUUUCAUUUCAGAGUUCUAGGUGAUGGUAGAUUUCCACUUUGGUUUCUAGUCUUUUGUCAUGAAAAUCUGUCAUACAUGUUAUUUCUUGCAGGAACGUUCCUUUCAGACCUCUCUGUUCUUAUUUAAUAUGAGUUACAGUUUUACAUCCCUGCCAUCUUUCUCUUUAUAUUGCCUUGAUAAUUUCAAAAAAUAAAUAUGACUUGCAUGAUAAAGCACAUUUUUAAAGAUCUGCUUUUGUAAGUCAAUCUGUUUUUGAGCCUUCUCCAAUGCCAUUAUAGUAGUAUAGUAUAAUACUGCAUAUUUACGUGGUGUUUGCUAGUGUGUUUCUGCGGGAGCCAUCUAUUUUACCCAAUAACCACAUGACUACUAUUCUCUUUAGAGCUGAAAACAAUAAUUUAUUUCAGUCUUGUUCAGCAUGUAAUACAAUAAGUGACAUGCGUAUGUAGCAUUGUGUUUUUAAUGUGGAUAUUUUAUUGAAUUAUUUUUGUAAAAAAAAAAAAAAGCUGUUUGUGCAUUGAACCUGCAGGUCUAAUGCACAACAAGUUUUGGUUUUGAUCAGGAUUGUUGAGUAAGAAGAUUUUAAAAUAGGCCAGAAGAUUCAAAACUUGAUUUUCUACCCAGAAAUGUGAUGCCACUUAGGUUUGAAUUGCCAUGAAAUUUGGCACAGACUAGGGCUGAAAGAUUUGAUGAGUACUUCAUGCGAUUUUUCUGAAGGAUACUGCAGUUUGAUUUGAUACACACACACAAACACACACACACACACACACACAUACACACGUGGACAAAAUUGUUGGUACCCCUCAGUUAAAGAAGGAAAAACCCACAAUUCUCACUGAAAUCACUUGAAACUCACAAAAGUAACAAUAAAUAAAAAUUUAUUGAAAAUUAAAUAAUCAAAAUCAGCCGUCACUUUUGAAUUGUUGAUUAACAUAAUUAUUUAAAAAAACAAACUAAUGAAAUAGGGCUGGACAAAAAUGAUGGUACCCAUAACUUAAUAUUUUGUUGCACAACCUUUUGAGGCAAUCACUGCAAUUAAACGAUUUCUGUAUUUGUCAAUGAGCGUUCUGCAGCUGUCAACAGGUAUUUUGGCCCACUCCUCAUGAGCAAACAGCUCCAGUUGUCUCAGGUUUGAUGGGUGUCUUCUCCAAAUGGCAUGUUUCAGCUCCUUCUACAUAUGUUCAAUGGGAUUCAGAUCUGGGCUCAUAGAAGGCCACUUUAGAAUAGUCCAACGCUUUUCUCUCAGCCAUUCUUGGGUGUUUUUGGCGGUGUGUUUUGGAUUGUUGUCCUGUUGGAAGACCCAUGACCUGCGACUGAGACCAAGCUUUCUGACACUAGGCAGCACAUUUCUCUCCAGAAUGCCUUGAUAGUCUUCAGAUUUCAUCGUACCUUGCACACUUUCAAGACACCCUGUGCCAGAUGCAGCAAAGCAGCCCCAAAACAUUACUGAGCCUCCUCCAUGUUUCACCGUAGGGACAGUGUUCUUUUCUUCGUAUGCUUGGUUUUUGAGUCUAUGAACAUAGAGUUGAUGUGCCUUACCAAAAAGCUCCAGUUUGGUCUCAUCUGUCCAAAGGACAUUCUCCCAGAAGCUUUGUGGCUUGUCAACAUGCAUUUUUGCAAAUUCCAGUCUGGCUUUUUUAUGAGUUUUUUUCAGCAGUGGUGUCCUCCUUGGUCGUCUCCCAUGAAGUCCACUUUGGCUCAAACAACGACGAAUGGUGCGAUCUGACACUGAUGUACCUUGGCCUUGGAGUUCACCUUUAAUUUCUUUGGAGGUUGCUCUGGGCUCUUUGGAUACAAUUCCAACGAUCCGUCUCUUCAAUUUGUCAUCAAUUUUCCUCUUGCGGCCACGUCCAGGGAGGUUGGCUACUGUCCCGUGGGUCUUGAACUUCUGAAUAAUAUGAGCCACUGUUGUCACAGGAACUUCAAGCUGUUUAGAGAUGGUCUUAUAGCCUUUACCUUUAAGAUGUUUGUCUAUCAUUUUUUUUCGGAUGUCCUGGGACAAUUCUCUCCUUCGCUUCCUGUUGUCCAUGUUCAGUGUGGUACACACCUUUUCACCAAACAGCAGGGUGACUACUUGUCUCCCUUUAAAUAGGCAGACUGACUGAUUAUGAGUUUGGAAACACCUGUGAUGUCAAUUAAAUGACACACCUGAGUUAAUCAUGUCACUCUGGUCAAAUAGUUUUCAAUCUUUUAUAGAGGUACCAUCAUUUUUGUCCAGGCCUGUUUCAUUAGUUUGUUUUUUUAAAUAAUUAUGUUAAUCAACAAUUCAAAAGUAAUGGCUGUUUUUGAUUAUUUAAUUUUCAAUAAAUUUUUAUUUAUUGUUACUUUUGUGAGUUUCAAGUGAUUUCAGUGAGAAUUGUGGGUUUUUCCUUCUUUAACUGAGGGGUACCAACAAUUUUGUCCACGUGUGUAUAUAUAUUUCUAAAUUAAGCUUUAAUUUAAUAAUCCCUAUGUAACAGAUUUUAAAUGUGAUGGAGCAUUACCACAUGAGACAGUAUGGGGCCAGCAUGAAUUUGUAAAUCCAUUUACAAGACAGUUCAUGGUGUGAUUAUUAAAUACUGUGUGUCACUGGUCUUGUGUUAGUCCAACCAUGUAGAUUACAUUGAUCAACAGGCAGCACAAACAACCCUUGAAAUCUGCUUAAAUUGAGUAAAAGUCAAUUACAACAAUAGUCUUAUUAUUUAAAAGCCCCCAUAUAACCUACAUUUCAAAUUUGAAUUUUCCCUUUUGCAUUGUUUCAAUUUCAAAUUUUUAUUAUUUUAGUGAUUCCUUAACUUUUCAAUCAUCAACAUCACCUGGUUUGAAAUUUCAAUGGUCCAAGAUUUUGAUUCAUGACAGCAACAAUUUUACUUCAUUUUCUGUUCUGUAGCAAAUGCUAGCCUGAUAAGAAGUAAGAAUGUAGGAAAUAUGCCUCCAGAAUUAAGAAACUCAUCUCUAUGUAUCAAAACAUCAUAUAUAGAAGGUUUUUUUUCAGUGAAAAUGAAGGAUAAUGAUGCAUAAAACCCCAACCCUGCAAGUUGAGAGAAUUAGUCCCUUAGGUUUGUUUCGUAUAAAACUCAAGAAGUCUGAAUACAUGUUUUUGAGGUUGUCAUGGGUAUGCUGCAGUUUCAAGGAGAAAAUGCUAGCCGUAUUGUUCUUUGCUUAUUUCAUCCAUAAUAUGUCUUCAAGCACAUAAAACAACAUAAUUUGGACAGGUUAUCAGGGUAAAAAACAACAAGAUUUUCAACAGAGGGUGUGUUCUUUGUGCUCUUUGUUAGUGGUAUGUGGUUUUGAUAAACACAAGACUAGACUGUGUGGUGAAAUCACUAAUGUCAUGUGGACAUUGAGCGAAUGACCUUGUUUUUGUAGCGGAUAUUACAGUGAAUUUCCUUCACCGUGUUCGUCCAGAAAUAUUCUCAAAACAGACACUUCAACUCAAGUUCCAAGAAGACUAAAGUCUAAUUUUAGCUCCGUUUAUUGCAGUGUAGUCAGAAGAGAUACUCUACUUGUGUGUAAAUGUGAACAUGUAUGUGUAUUCUACUGUAUUAAAAUAUGUUCUUGGCAAUCAGUA